AUGAAUAUAGCAAAUCAAUCAUUAACAGUUACAUUACAAAAUCUCCCAGUAGAUAACCAAUAUGCCGAUUUUCAAAAGCAAAAUGUCACAUUAAAAUACCCAUGUAGUCAAGAGACUAACAAGUGCAAUCCAUAUAAAAUUGAAUUUAAACCAGGAUUAUAUUUUAUAGAAUUAUGGGGUGCAUCAGGAGGAUACUCUGAUAGCUAUCCAGAAUUGGGUGGCUAUGGUGCCUAUGCAUCAGGAUUCCUUCCGCUCCCUAAAAAAUCCAUUUUUUAUAUUUAUCUCGGCCAGCAAGGGAAAUGCAAUGGGUCUACUACCUUUAAUGGCGGUGGAAGAGGUACUUAUGAAUCUCCAGCAGUGUCCUUUUCAGGAUCAGGAGGUGGCGCGAGUGAUAUGAGAAUAACUCCUGGUGAAUGGAGCGAUUUAAACUCUUUGAAAUCGAGAAUCAUCGUUUCUGCAGGGGGUGCCGGGUCAUUGUAUUAUUACACAUUUUUACAAGGUGGCCAUGCAGGAGCAAUAAAUGGAUAUGGAGGCUUGCAACAUCAGAAUGCCCCCAGCCCAUAUACACUUACAAAUUCAAUUGGAGCAUCAAAUAUUUUAGGUGGAAUUUCUUGUAUGAAAAGUUAUCUUAAUCCUAGUGAUACAAUUAAUGGAUCUUUUGGGAUUGGUGCAAGCCCAGAAAAUACUGUAUAUGGGGCUGGUGGUGGUGGAGGUUACUACGGUGGAGGUGCUGGUACCGAAGUUACAAAUAUUGUUGGAUCGGGAUCAGGUGGAUCAUCUUUUAUAUCAGGUUACAAAGAUUGCAAUGCUAUUUCGAAAGAUUACCAAUUAAAUAAUCAAAAACACACAAAUCAGCCUGAUCAUUACUCAGGAUAUAUCUUUGCAAACCCUGUAAUGAAAGAUGGUCUUGCCACACAAUACAUUGGAAAUGGCAAGGCUCGAAUCACCGUUGUUCAUCAAAAUUAUUUUAAUUUAGAAAAAAGUUGUGUUCAUUUCUAUAUUCCAAACAGAUUUAGUGUGUUCAUAUUUAUAGUUAUUUUGUUUGAUAGUUAA